AUGUAUGAUAUUACAAACUCAAAUGGUGCUCCUGAGGAUAAUGAUACAGAAUUCGCCACUACUGAGACCACUUCUACCAUCACUGAAAUAAUCACUGAUGCUACUGCCAAAACUACUGCCUCUACUACUACUGAAACAACUACCCAGACCACUGAUACUACCGCUACUGAUGCUAGUGCCAAAACUGCUACCUCCACCACCACUAAAACAACCACCCAGACCACCGAUGCCACUGUCAAAACUGCU